UGAGAGUGUAGAUCCUGAUGGCUGUGUUCUAGCUGUUGUUGCUUUGACUCUGGGUUCUUACAAUGACAUUCCUGCUGCUGUUGUUUUUGCUUUGCCUCUGGGUUGUACUGAAACACUGAGGCAUGAUGGGUGUGCUGUUGUAGUUUCAUUUUUUGUGGCUCUGGUUCUUGAUAGAGUCGUGCUAUCUCCACUCUUUUGUGCUUUUUUGUGUAUAUUAAUGACAAUUAGGAAGUUUGUCCUGUGGCUCAUGGCUGAUCCUGGUGCUGUGUUUGAUUGACUGGGUCAUGGUAGUACUGCUGAAUGGGCUUUGGUCGAUCCGGCGGAGAGGAAGAACAAAAUGGCAUGGGUUCAAACCAGAGAGUUUAAAGUGUAUGAACAUGGAGGACGAAAUACAGAGAUCUGUGAACAAUUUACAAGGAAGAUUGAAGAAAAAGGAUAUUUUAAAGUAUCAGUUCGUACUGACAUUAAGUCUUUUCUCUAUGUUCAUGAAGUUACCCGGGUUUUUCAUGACAUUAAGAGUGCACUGAAUAGUGCUGGAAAUAUCAAUUCCUAUGCUGCAGUGGUUAUAUUUAGGAAAUUAACACCAUAUGAAAAACCAGACUCCAGUGAUCUCUACUCCACACCCCUGCCCUUGGGGAUCCCUAAUGAGUUACCCAUCGUUGCAUGCUACUGGUUUGAAAAUGACUGUAAGCAACAACUGUGUGACUGUGAGGAAAACAAGGAGUCUGUGAAGAAGCUUGUUCGCUUAAUAAAAAGAGAGCUGCAAACAGACACGGACAGCGGGUCCCCUAGCAGCAAGUCAAGCAGGUGGACCAACUUCUGGAACAGUUUUUCUUUUGGCAGUCUUGGAGGACAGUCAUCUGCUCCGGCAAGAGAUGAGCCGAAACCAGAGCCGUGGCGUGAAGAUGAAUUUAGUGAUGAAGCUUACAUGAAACUUCAAGAAGAAAUACAAAACCACCAACCACACCCUAAGGCUUCCACAACUAAUAUUCUUAUUACGGGCAAUGUGGGUUCCGGAAAGUCAAGCUUUCUAAAUUCUGUGCUCUCAGAACUCAGGAGAGAAGAACUCAACGGCAGAAUGCAAAACAUUGAAGCCGUGAGACCAGGUGCACAAACAAGCGUCACACAACAUCUAAGAUGCCACAAAUUCAUUGACAAGAUGAAAAUCUUUGAUACAGCAGGAUUUGAAUUGGAGAAAACAGAAAAUGCCACGAUAAUAUUAAAGAAGAUCAUAGAUGGUGAAGUGGCUGAAGGCACAAAGUUUGACGAUAUUCUGAAAACAAAAAGCUCAAUGGAAGGAGACAAAAUCCACUGUGUUGUGAUGGUUAUAUCAAUUCACAACGCUGAAAAUCUGGCCUUGAUUCGGGUUUAUAAAGAAUUCAUUGGAAUGCUCAUAGAGACUGGAGUACCAUGCCAGCUGCUUGUUACAUUCGUUGAUGAACUUUUUGAGAAGACUGUGGAUUUGAAAAAUCUGUACAGGAGAAGUGAUAUAAAACAAAAGAUUGAAAACAUAGCAGAGAAGAUGAGAAUUUCAAUGUGCAAUGUCCUUGUGGUUUCAAACUACUUCGCGGGGGAGAAAAUUAACCAAAUAAAAGGAACUCUGCUGUUGGAGGCGUUUGCUCAAAUGCUGACGGCUGCAAAACCCUUUCAAGAGAGAAUGUAGAGUAUCACCUGUCACACCUGAAGCACGCUGAGUCCAUUACUCAAUUGGUUAAUUGAUUGCUAAUCGGAGAAUAGUCACUUGGUAUAUAGGGAAGUUGAUUAAUUUGUUUGGAGAGAGACUGGGAGCAGCAGGAGGCUGUGGUCCCAGAUACAAGAAGUAUCACCCAGUCAGCGCUAUCAAAGAGUUGCUUUUUGUAUUUAUGAAAAUUCAAAUCAUAUUCUUUGUACACUUUGUUAAAUCCAUUUCUAAGCUGUCAGCUUUGCAUAAACAGAAAAAAAUGUCAAUAAGCAGCUCUGAAUUAUUCAGCAUGUAAUCUACUGUUUAAUCUAUCAUUUUAUGAUUUUUUUUUUUUAAAUACUCUACUUGAGUACUCUUGUUUAAGUCUAGUUCUAACGUCAAUUAAUGAUCUUUAAAUUAAUCAGCAAUAACCUUUGCUGAACCUUACAGCUUACAGAUACUCUGCAAUAAUGUAAAAGACUGAGGAAAAUGAAGAAUGUAAAUCACAGGUGAGCAUGAGUCUUAGUUUUCAUAACAUCAUAAAUGAAAUGGGAAUGAUGUUUUUUUGAAAUAAAUAAAUAAAAUAUG